AUGGUUCGUGUUAACAGCAUUAUAGAAAUAUCUGUUGUGGCAUUUUUAAUUGUUCAGAUUGUGGAUGCAUCAUCUUCGGGAUUGUAUUAUUGUCCGAUGUGUGGUUUUCCAAAAUAUAACCCUUACGAUUCCUUGAGUCCAACCUGUUCAUGUUUGAACUAUAAAAAUUAUCAGAAUUCUGUUUGUCCUACAAUUAAUACCCCAUAUUCCUAUUGUAAUACUCAAAAUACCGAUAUAAGGUGUCCGUCGGCAUCAGGGCUACCGACUGGUCACAUAACUGGUUCUUCUAGUGAGUGUGGCAGAUUUCCGUACGACAUCCAAGUUCCACCAAAUGUUCAUCCAUCACCGGCAAAAUUGUCUUAUCCGUAUGUUGCCGAAGAUCCACCGAGUCCAUGUAAACAAACACUACAAAAUUUUGGAUAUCAGUUACAAGUACCUGUAGCCCACCGGCGUGACUCAAACUAUGGUACUCUCAGUGGAAUCAUCGACAAAACAUACAAAAAGUGUCCUCCGUGUCCUUGUAAACUGGUGAGACUGCAUGAACGCUCGUAA